GCCGUAGGAAGCGGAAGUAGCCGGGAGCCGCGGCGGAAGCAGGAAGCGAAGGUGCCGGACGACGCCUGGCGCCGUGAGGGUUGCGCGGUCAUGGCGGAGAAGUUCGACCACCUGGAGGAGCACCUGGAGAAGUUCGUGGAAAACAUCCGGCAGCUCGGCAUCAUCGUCAGCGACUUCCAGCCCAGCAGCCAGGCCGGGCUCAACCAGAAGCUGAAUUUUAUUGUUACAGGUUUACAGGAUAUUGAUAAGUGCAGACAGCAACUUCAUGAUAUCACUGUGCCUUUAGAAGUUUUUGAGUAUAUAGAUCAAGGUCGAAACCCCCAGCUGUACACCAAGGAGUGCCUGGAGAGGGCUCUCGCCAAAAAUGAGCAAGUUAAAGGCAAGAUCGACACAAUGAAGAAAUUUAAAAGCCUGUUGAUUCAAGAACUUUCUAAAGUAUUUCCAGAAGACAUGGCAAAGUAUCGAAGCAUCCGAGGGGAGGAUCACCCCUCUUCCUAAUCGUCCUCCCUCUAUCUGAAGAUCUUCCUCGCCCUGUGUGAACUGCUGUGACUUUCAGGCAGGCUAGACCCGUGAGCUGCACCAACACGCUGGCCUGGGCCUGUCCUCCAGCCAUCCUGUCCUUGGCCUUGUCCUCAGGGGAUAGUGGGGUCUGGAGGGCUUUCAGGCCUGUGCCUCCAGCUGUCCCCUCCCCUGACGUGCAUCUGCCUGGUCCUCAAGCUUUCAGACAGCUGGCGAUCGCAUGGUUUGAGUGUGAUGCGGUUGAUUCUCCACAGCAGAAUGGUCUCGCAUGGUUUGUGUGUGAUGCGGUUGGUUCUCUGCAGCAGAAUGGUCUUGGAAAUACUAACAUACAAUAGGUAAAUUAAAAACUUUAAAAAAUUUAACCUAAUAGUUUUCUUUUUAUCUACUUCUGUUCCAUUUUCUGAUGGUGUCAGAGAAAGCUAAAAAAAAAGUAAAGUUUAGAAAGUUUACUAUGAUAAGUACUUUGUUGGUUUUAUAUUUUAUAUUUUCACGUGUAAAGAAUGUUCAGUGUUAACUAUGUUUGCAUAGAUUUCAAUUAGGCAUGAGCAUAUAAUAAAGCUUUCAAGUAUUUAAUGACUUAGUCCAUGUAAUCAUUUUUAUAACUCUUUUGUAGCAUUACUACCAUGUAUCUUGCAAACAGUCAAUUAUUAUUUCCCCAAAGUGUGAUUAAUAUUUGUUCUCCAGACACUGAGGAAGGAAAAGCUAAAGCAAAGUGCAGAAUUCUGAUUUCUCCACAAUGGGUUUCAUAGAGGGUGUAGCAAAUAGUAAAGAAGGCAGAUUUACUGACACUCGGAAACGGCCCCCAGGGCUGUGUCUGGCCCCCACAGUGUGCUGAUGGAUGGCGUGGGGUCUCUGGUCAGGUGUGCAUCUGGACUCAGCACAUCCCAGCAGGCCUUGGGAGCCCGUGUUUCUCGUGGUGGUGAUACCCUCCCUUUGCGGGCUGCGCUUUGAGUCACAGGCCCCAGUGCAGUCUCUCUUGAGAAAGAUUUUGAGGCCGUCUGCGUCAGAAUGGCCUGGACUUGUUCAUUAGAAAUGUGGGCUUCAUUUAGACCUGUUAGUCAGAGGCUCUACGCCGGGGCCCAGGGAGCCUGUGCUGUUGAUUUCCUCCAGCGACUGUCCCUGGUGACUGUGGGCCUGCUUGGAUCUGACAGCCAUUCUCUAAGGACUUCAUCCCAUCAGCAUGUAACGGUGAGUGUGGUAGUGAAGUGAGGGCCUGAGCCCAGGCUUCGGCAUCCCCGCUGAGCCCCUCUGGGAUGGGGGACUAGAGCGUGCCAUUGCUUCCCAGGGGAGUCUUAUUUGAUGUGUAGGGCCAGGCCUCCUAGGGAGUUGCUGCCUGGGCAUAGCAGUUACAUUCUCUCCAAAACUGUCAGAAAAGGAGCCCCAUCUUGGGCACAUGGCUUCCAUUUGAUGGGAUGCCCUGGGCCCCUAGGUCCUGGAGCUAGCGCCCCUCCCCUGCUGGUUUUCCAGCAUGUAACUGCUCUGCUGUAGCUGCUGCGUGAGGCCUAUGGCACGGCUCCCCGGUCCCUUCCCUGGCACCAUCCCCACGAGUCCCUGCAGAUCCUUAUCAAAGGUGCAUGAGCUGUGGGAACUAUUGUCUAUGUUACAGGGCACGAAACAGGCUCAAGGAGGCUAACUAUGCCCAAAGUCACAUGCCAAUGUGUUUCAGACCAAGUCUGAGGGCAAGGGCUGAUGAAAACCAAAAUAAUUGGUAUCCAGGUAGAGGUAGAAGUGAUAUUUGUCUCCUUCCUCAUCCCAUAAGAUUAUUUUCUGCUUUUUGAAAGGAAAAAAUUAAAUUAUUGAACACAAAAGAAAAAAAGACAGACCAGCCAGGUCUCCAUGGCAGUACUGGAAGAGGCUUGGGUUGGUUCCCCUCAGAGGAGAGGGGGCCUGAUUGUACCUCGUUUGAUGCUGGGCCUCCUGGCCUUCCUCUUGAGCUGGUGACUGCAGGUUCUGGUGGCACAUAACACACGAGCCCUGACUGGUCAUCUAUAUGAACACCAUUGCCAGAAGAAAACGUAAAUUUUUAUUUUUAUUUUUUGGUAAAUGCACUGUGAACAAAAAUAUGAUGUCUUGCCAGUCGGUUACAGUCCGGGCAAGUUCACUACAGAUUCAGUGAGACCAGAGAGUGACAAUGGAACAUUCUUGGGGUGAAAGGGUUUAUAACCAACUCCCCAUGGUGGCAGGUCAAUCACUAGAAUUUCGUGUACUCAGAGCGAGUCUGCAUGCAGCAAGCUGGUCUCUGCCUCUGGGCCUCUCUGUCCCCGUAGCCGUCUCAGUCUCUGUUGUUGGUGCUGCUGCCACUCCAGCCUCUGCUCUUAGGCAGCAGUGCAGCCGUGCCACCAUGUCGCCCAGAGCACCGGGCGGAGCUCUUUAUAUAGAGUCAAUAGCAACAUAUUCCCCACAAGUGUAGUGUCAGGGCCAGGUGAGAAUCCUGGCUAUAGGAACCUUCACUUUAUCCAUAGGUACACGUGUCCAUUUAAUUUUAAAACACAGCUAUACACGGAGCCAAGGGCUGUCUUUGCUGUGGUUCCCUAUCUUCCCCAGGCCCUGUGCUUGUGUAUUGGCACACAUGCCAACUGUACUCCUUGAAGGGCAAUGGAGGGGCGAUCCCUCUGCAGUGGGAACCAUCCCGGUCAUAAGCUGACUACACAGUGUAGCAACGUUGUACAAAGCCAGUUUCCCACCCGGCUCCCCAUAGUGGACAGCGCUGCAUUACUGAACCAACAUAAUAACAACCUUCACUCUCAGUGGGGCAAAAACUGAGCCUGUGACGUGUUGGCUGAUGGCCUGUAUAUGUGUGGCUGGUGAGUCGGGGCCAGCCUGCUGAGGUCUGCUUUGGGAUCCCUGAGCCGAGCCUUUUGGGACGUUCUCGGGUCUGCUUGGAAGCCCAGGUUUGUGGUGGCCGUAGUGAUCCUACCCGCUUCAUGUGGCUUUUGAGGCAGAGUUGGCCUUCAAAUGCCAAAGAAGAGGGUCCUCUGACUGCCACUGACCUUGGGAGUCCAGGGCAAGCUGUGAGGGAUUUUCUGGAGAGGACUUGAUGUGUUUCCCCAACACCUGGUGGUGGCAACGACAGCUAAUAGCCUCCAUCACUGAGUGUGACCUCAUUUCACUCUCACACCAGCUUCCUGAGCCUUCCCUGUCCCCUCUCACAGCAGGCUAUGAACCCAAAAUGGAAGGCCACUCUGAGGGCUUCCUGCCCCCCGGAAGUUGUGGGCUGGAUUUGGCCUCGGCGGCCUGUGGUCAGGGGCCUCAGCUGAGAGGACCAGUGCAUGGGAUGGGGAUGGUGGGGGAUGGAGAGGGCCGGAUGAAGUCAUGGUGAGGCUUGGAAAUAACCCCACACCUCAUGCGGAGGGAUUACAAGUGGGCAGGUAUGUGCCGGCCUGUGCGAGAGGAUAAUGCCUGCUACUUGCAGAAAUCUGGUGGCCUCGCACACAUAGAAACCUCCCGGGUAGGCAGGGGCUGCUCUCACUGCUGCUUAGGGGGAGACCUGGGAGUGCAGAGCAUAAAGGACAGUUGCUCAGGGGCAUUAGUAGAAAUUCAGGUGCCAAAAGUGGUCAGUAACCCCUGUUUGGAAGGUGGCAAUACACAGGUUACCCAUGUAGCCACACAGGUAGUGGGGACCUCAGGGACCCUCAUUUCGUGUUGCUCUAGUUCUCAGAUCUUUUGCUCUGUUUAGCUGGUUGUCCCUACGUGACAGAGGUAGUCAAAGUCAUACUAAAUGAUCAUUUCAGUAUGUUGAUAAUGCACGCAUAUGGGUACGUGGGUCUCUGUGUGUGUAUUUAUACACUGCAUACCUGCAUCGUGAGCUCCGUGUGUGAACAUACACAGGUGCAGACAUAUAUGCCGAAUAUACAAUGAGGAUGGGAUUGUGCCCCCUCCAAAGUCCUGUGCUGAAGCCCUGAUGCCCAGUGUGACUGUAUGUGAGAUGGGGCCUGUGAAGAUGAAAUUCAGGGUGAAUGAGGUCUCAGAGUGGGAUCCUAACCAAAUAGGGUGGCUGGUACCAGAGGAAGAAGAGGAAGAGACGCUGGAGGGCUUGAUGCCUCUUGGUCCACACACACUAAGGACAGGCCACAGGAGGACAUGGAGAAGGUGGCCGUCUGCAACCAGGAGGAGGGCUCUCACCGGGAUCUGACCACACCGGCUACCCGAGCGCCCACUUUCAGCCCCUGAAGCCAUGAGAAAUGAAUGUCGUUUGAGCUGCCUGGUCUGUGGCACUAGUCACGGUGGCCCAUGCAGACUGACACAGGUGUGUGCUCCCUCUGGUGCUGGGACAUGGUAGGGACCAAUCAGUCAAUAAAGUCUCAUACUUCUAUUAUU